CGGGACUCUUAAUUUGACAGAUUCCUACCAUUCCAGACCGGAAAUAAGCUGAUGUGUUUAUCGUAGCGUAUUUCCUGGUUUUGUGAACGAAUACAUGUGUGUUUUAUUAUUAUUUUUAACCACACAAUACUAUUUGUGAUGUCUACUCAAAACAUAACUGGACCCUCUUUGGCACCGACGAUGGAAAAAUGCAAAAAUGAUGAUUCAGACGAAGAAGGCGCAGUCAUAGGUCCAGCUUUGCCUCCAAAAUAUAAAGCUUCAGAGUCCUCCAGCUCAUGUGAAGACAGUGAUCAAGAGGAGGUUGUGUUCAAGAGAGCCAAAUACUCAUCAACAUCAUCAUCAUCAUCUAGGAACCGGCCUUCUUCAAACAGCAGGGGCUACUUGAAAGAUGAGAUGGAUAAAAAGCAAGUUCAUAUGGAUGAGGAGGAUGACGAUGGUUUCUUUGGUCCAGCUCUUCCCCCAGGAUAUCAAAAGCGAGACAAAUCACCAGAAAGGCCACCUUUACUAGGACCUGCACUCCCUCCAGGAUUUAAAAAACAAGAUGAGGAUGAAGAUGCAAAGGAUGACACCAGAGGGUUUUUAGGACCAGCUUUACCACCAGGAUAUCAAAACCAAGACAGAUCUCCUGAACGACCACCUGUAGGACCUGCUCUACCUCCAGGCUUUAAAAGACAAGAUGCAGAUGAAGAUGAAGAGGAGGGAAAAGAAGAUGCAAGAGGGAUUUUAGGACCAGCUCUACCGCCAGGUUACACACCAGCAGUGUCAAGCGGUGAAGAAGAAGAUGAAGAUGAUUAUGUCAUUGGACCAAUGCCAUCAAAAGCACCAUCCCAGGACUCUGUGGCAUUGGACAUUGAAAGAAGAGCUCAGAGAAUGAAAGACAAACUUACAGGAGUGGACACUGGCCCUAAAGUGGUCAGAGAGAGCUGGAUGAUGGAGUUGCCUCCUGAGUUGCAGCAUGUGGGCCUGGAAGCACGAACCUUUAAGAAAAGAUCAGGCCCUGAGAACAAAGACCGCUCAAUUUGGACUGACACUCCCGCCGACCGUGAACGAAAAGCUAGGGAACGACUAGAGGCUAAGGAAAAAGGUGAAUCUGCCAAGGAUGAUGGACCUCGUCUGCCUCAGAAAGAGAUUGAGAUGGCUGAAAAAGUUUCUAAAUAUAAUGAAUCCAAGCGUGGUGAAUCUCUCAUCAGUAUACACACUAAGAAGAUGAAAAGAAAGGCUGAGGAGGAUGCUUCAAAGCCUGUGGAAAGAAGACCAUUUGACAGAGAUGCUGACCUUCAAGUCAAUCGGUUUGAUGAGGCUCAAAAAAAAGCUUUGCUCAAGAAGUCACAAGAGCUGAACACCCGAUUUUCACACAGCAAAGACCGCAUGUUCCUAUGAGGGACAUUCAGCAAAUCUAUCUCUUGUUGUCAAGGAUUCUUAUUAAAGGAAUGUUGUACUGCACUGGAAUCAUUGCAGCAUCAUCGUCAUUAAAACAUUUAUGUACUUUGUUGACAAUUAUAUGUAAAAUUUAGAGGACCUCCUGAGGUUCCUCCUGAAUUCGUCUUUUAUAUACCAAUGGUUAAUUGUAAGAGAUAAUGCAUUAAAAUGUCGAUAAUUUU